AUGUACUCAAGUUGUUCAUAUGUGCAAGGUGCCUCACAGGUUUUCGAGACUGUGCCAGGAUCGGAUAUUCUUUCUUAUAACUCAAUCAUCCUUGGGCUUUUAGAACACGGGUAUCUAAAUGAAGCAUUGGAAGUUUUGAAUAAGAUGGUGGAUAAGCCUGUAGUGAGGGACAAUAUCACAUAUGUUACUCUUAUUAAUCUCUGCAAACAUUUGAAAGAUUUAAAACUCCAGGUUGCAAAUCACAAUCAGAUAUUCAGGACUGGUCUUAAGCUUGAUAUCUUCAUUGGCAGAGCAAUUAUAGACAUGUACGGGAAAUGUGGUAAGAUAUUCAGUGUGCAAGAAAUGUUUUUGAUGGGCUAUGCAACCACAAUGUGGUCUCAUGGACAGCUAUUAUCAUGGAGAUGUAUUAAAUGCGUGUAUAAAGAAAAACCAGAUUAUUGUUGGGAAUGCCCUGAUCAACAUGCAUGUAUUUCAAGAGUGGGUGAUGUUGAAUUUGGGCAUCAAGUACUUUUAGAUAUGUCUUACCGUGACAUCAUUACAUGGAAAUCAAUGAUAUGUGGCUACUCCCAUUAUGGACUUGGUAGACAAGUCUUCCAAAAUAUGUUGUUAGCUGAAGAAGCACCUAGCUAUGUAACUUUUGUUGGAGUUCUAUCUGCUUGUGUUGACAAGGGGUUCUACUAUUUAAAUCAGAUGAUGAAGGGUAUUGGGAUCACACCUAGGGUGGAGCAUUAA